ACGGGGUCAGGGCUGCGUCUGAAGUAUCUUGGCUUCGUUCGAUUGGCCGCGGCCUAUAGCUCUCUCGACGCUUGAAAUUUCUCAGUAUAUCUCUCAGCAUGCCGCGAGCAACCACAGAUCGGUUCAGCCGGGCUCACCAACCCUCAAGCAAGCCGAAGCAGUCUAAUGAUUCCGGAGAGUCCUCUACUGCACGGAAUCCCAUUUUCAACACCGAACGGUUCGGUCAGCACAUCUUGAAAAACCCUCAAACCGCCGACACUAUCGUCGAAAAGGCGAACUUGCGCCCAACGGACAAAGUUCUCGAAGUUGGUCCAGGUACUGGAAACCUGACAGUGCGGAUAUUGGAGAAGGCGAAGCAUGUGACGGCAGUGGAGAUGGAUCCUCGCAUGGCGGCCGAGUUGACAAAGCGUGUGCAGGGAAAGCCUGAACAGAAGAAGCUCGAGAUUAUGAUUGGUGAUUUCGUGAAAGCAACCUUGCCAUACUUCGACGUCUGCAUAUCUAAUACCCCGUACCAAAUCUCGUCUCCCUUGAUCUUCCGCCUCCUGUCGCAUCGUCCUCUCUUCCGCAUCGCCAUUCUCAUGUUUCAGCGCGAAUUUGCUAUGCGACUAGUCGCGAGACCGGGUACCGAACCAUGGUCCCGUCUAUCUGCAAACGUGCAGCUGUAUUCGAAGGUCGACCUCGUCAUGCACGUCGGCAAGAACAACUUCCGUCCCCCGCCAAAAGUCGAGAGCAGUGUUAUUCGGCUCGUGCCGCUUGACCCACCUCCACCAGUUGCAUUCGAAGAGUUUGACGGUCUUGGCCGCAUCAUCUUCAGCCGACGGAAUAAAAUCAUACACGCAAAUUUCAUGGCGAAGGGCGUGAUAGAGAUGCUAGAGAGCAACUGGCGAACAUGGGCUUCAACGAAUAAUGUGACGAUUGAAGAUGACUUCGACAUUAAGAAAAAGGUGGAAGGAGUUCUCGACGAGUCAGGCUUUACGGAACAGCGUGCUGCGAAGAUGGGUGUUGACGAGUUGCUGAAACUGUUGUCGGCAUUCCACGACGCCGGAAUUCAUUUUGCAUGAGCUCAUUCUCUUACACUUACGAGCGCUAUGCGAGGACGCCGAAAAGUACUGUAGUGUAUCUUUCUGUGACGAACUUCGGGCUACAUCGAUUCUGGAUACCAAGCAGGAUACCGCGUGUUUAGUGUGUACCCGAACCACUGCCCGAGGAACCUGUCCCCGCUCUACCCACGCUACGAUCCCACCCGGCGCACUGGCACGCUGAUACUUCAAGCUUAUCAGUUUGCCGCAUUUUUCGCAAGGUAAUCUUGGUAUUGCUUGGGGGUGAGGGACUUCUGCUCGACCAGUCAGCGCUGGUUAUUAAGCGGAAUACGUUAGCCCACACCUGGCUGAAGGCGUGCAUGCGGGCAAUUUGAUCUUUGAGUAACUCGUUGACUAAAUAACCAAUUAGCAGGCACUUCAACUGAGACAAAGCGAUCUAGCCAGUUACUGUAUCUGUGCCUCGCCAAGGUUGUCUUGCCCUCAAACGCCUGCAGGCAAGAUGACGGUCAGCGU